GUUGAGAGGCGACUAGUGGAAGGCGAUGUUGAGAUCUGACUGGUUAGUAGACUUGUCAAUGACACGAAUGGCAACAUUGUUUCCGCUGACAGGAAGGGAGAACGAAGCUCUGCUAGGAAGUUAGACACCAAAUGAGAGUGAAAUGACCCAGUUUAUGGGCGUUUGGUGAGGGUGAUUUCCAUUUAAAUUGGAGAGAGACCACGCUUGAUGUGAAAAAUAGAAUCUAUUGAGAACCGAACACGAACGGUGUUUCAUCCCCAGUUGAAAUUUAGAGUCGGAAGUGUUUGAUGUCCAUGGCUAUGUAUGAUGAAGAUAUUUCAAGAAACCCCUUCUAUUUAGCACUUCAGAAGCAGAAACCUGAUGUAUUCAACCAUGUAGCAGAAUUGCACGGGAUUGUAUUGGUGCCAUGCAGAGGCAGUUUAUCACAAGGCAGCCUUGCUGCUGCCCACUUUGAGUCUUACAUCUUACAGCCAGUGGACGACACCGGUCUUAGUUACCGAACAUUAAAUGGAAAGGAAGUAUCCAUCAGAGGAAACGUUGUUAGUCUGGGUGUUGGAUUUAGCUCACCGUGUGCAAUAAGAAUCCUUUUUGAAGAAACUUUUUACACUGAGAAAGAACAAAGUUUCAGUAUCUUAUGUAUUGCCCGACCAUUGGAAAAGGGUUCCAGUGCAGAUGAAAAUCCAUCUCCUGUAGAUUCCUACUGUCUGAAAAAUUUUGAGGAUGCUAAAGAGUUUUUGGGUCGACAGUUAUCCAAAGUUGAUAAGUACAUUGAGUCUUUCCGAAUGUCUUUUAAGGAGCUGGAAAUGAAAAGUCUGCGGCAUCAUAUAGAUGAAGUUAAUGCACUCUAUACAAAAUGUCUUCAGUACCUUCUGAGAGAUUCACGAUUAAAAAUACUGAUCAAGCAGGAGGUGCAAAUGGCAUUGCUGAAGCAAGCUGUUGAAAUGUAUGUACUUCAUGGUAUCCAUGAUCAAAUAUUCAAAAGUGUGGGGACUAUAGAGGCCAGUCAGGAUGCUGCCUUUAAUAAAACAACCCGAGGUUUGCAAGACCUUCAGCUAAAAGAUUUGGGAAUCCAGUCACAAUUCAGUAUUAAUAUACCUCGUGCCAAACGGGAGUUGAGUCAGCUGAACCAGUGUACUAGCCCACAGCUUAAACUGAUCUGCUUACGAAAUGUGAUCCAUGCGAUCAUGCAAUCACCAAGCCAACGAGUUAAUUUGCAUUCUAUGUCUGCUGAUGAUCUGCUGCCUGUUCUGCUUUAUCUACUGGUCAAAACUGAAAUUCCUAACUGGAUGGCCAAUCUCAGUUAUAUCAAGAAUUUUAGGUUUUGCAGUGCAGUCAAGGAUGAACUGGGGUAUUGUCUAACUUCUUUCGAAGCUGCAGUAGAGUAUAUUCAUCAGGGCAACUUGACUCUUGGUCAACCUGGAUCGGGAGACCUAAAUGACAAAGUAUUUUUUAGAGAGAGGAUGAAUUUGCUGUCUCAUUUGUCUGCAACUCCAAUUGAUUUCUUGUUUGAGCAUAUUGCAGCUGGUAAUCAGGCAGAAGUGGAAGCAUUGUUAAGUCAAGGUGAAGCUGACGAGGACAGUGUUCAAAAGAUGUGCCAUCCUCUCUGUUUUUGUGAUAGGUGUGAGAAACUUGUGUCAGGACGGUUGAAUGACCCAUCUAUUGUCACACCAUGUUCUAGAGAUGACCGGGGUUAUACACCAUUGCAUGUAGCUGCUUUCUGUGGCCAAGCAUCAUUGAUUGACCUAUUAGUUGAAAAGGGAAGCGCAGUUAAUGCUACAGAUUAUCAUGGGUCCACCCCACUUCACCUGUGCUGUCAGAAAGGGUAUCAAAAUGUGACUUUGCUUCUUCUGGACUACAAGGCUAGCACUGAAGCACAAGAUAAUAAUGGCAAUACUCCACUUCAUUUGGCUUGCAUGCAUGGUCAUGAAGAUUGUGUCAAAGCUCUAGUGUAUUACCAUUUAAAUACCUGCAAAUUAAACAUGACAAAUGACAAAGGUGAUACACCUCUCCACAUUGCUGCGCGAUGGGGUUAUGAUGGCAUCAUUCAGGUGUUGCUGGAGAAUGGUGCUAGUAAUGAAAUUCAGAACAAAAUGAAAGAAACACCUUUACAAUGUGCACUUAAUUCUAAGAUUUUAGAUUUGCUGGAAAUUACCUACUUUGACAAUGACCGGCGACAGAGCAUGCCAGAGUCGGUUGAUAGAUCAACUCAGCCUUCCACUGAUGCUGGUAGUCAGAAAUCAUUUCUUUCAACGGUCUCCUCCAUAUCAGUUGAAACAAAGGCUGAAGAAGAGAAAGGCAAAUAUAAAGAGGUGGAAAAAUUAUUGCGUGCUGUAGCUGAUGGAGAUGUAGAAAUGGUUCGAUAUCUAUUAGAAUGGAUGGAUGAAGAUCCGGAGGAAGAGGAAGGCCUUGUGUUGAAAUCAGAAUUCUGUCAUCCUUUGUGUCAGUGUCCAAAGUGUGAGCCAGCACAAAAGAAACUUUCCAGUAUUACUAUCAAUGGUCUGAGUGUGAAUUCUGCCAAUCAAGAUGGUUUUACUCCAUUACACGUGGCUGCUCUACACGGGCACUUUGACCUGGUCUCACUUCUUCUGCGCCAUGGUGCCAACGUCAAUAUGAAAAAUUCCCAUAAUGCAACACCACUUCACUUGGCUUGCCAACACAAUGACCUCCAGAUAGUUCAAUACUUGCUGAAUUAUAAUGCAAAAUUAAAUAAGAAGGAUUUGUAUGGUAAUACGUCAUUGCUGCAUGCCUGCCUUCAAGGACAUCUGGAAAUUGCUGAGUUGUUGCUGGAGCAUGGUGCCUAUGUUAAUCUUGCCAACAACCAAGGAAAUACUGCUUUGCAUGAGGCUGUAAAGGGAAAACAUGGAGCGCUGGUGAAUCUACUUUUGUGCAAUGGAGCCUUGGUCAAUUUGCGAAAUAAACAGCAGUGUACACCAGUCGAUUGUGCUGAGGAAGUCUGUGGGAAGAAUGUAGAGAUUUUGAAAAUUCUGGAAACAGUAUCUGCUCAAGUAACUGACGAAGAUGAUGUGUUCAGACUAAAUGCUACCCAGACAUCAACGUCUGCUGCUAUUAGAAAGAAAUCUGAUGCAUUUGUUACGAAGCCAGAUGCAAUUGAUGAACUCACUGAUAAAAGGAUCCAGCUUGUGCAAUCUAUUCAUAAAUUUAACAGGUCUGAGAAUUUAAAGAAGACUGUUACAAGAGACAAAAGCAGCCCUGAAUUUGAUGAACUCUUAAUCCAUCAGCUGGCAAUCAAGUCCUUUGACAAAAGAAAAUUGAAACAAACUGAAACAAAGGAUCACAGUGCACCAUCAUUUUUUAAUUAUGCUGUUGAUCUUAAAGCUGAGAAAGAAGAGCUAAUUGCAGCAAAUCAUACAGAGACUAAUUAUCAAGGCAAGAGGGACACAGAUUUUAUUAACUGUUUACCCAGUAAAUUGAAUGAUGUAAAUGGAAACACCGAAUUUGUGGGAAUGUGUGGACAACUUUGUAAUCAUUCACAAGAUUCACCAGAUUUGGAGACAGUUAAUACUGCAAAAGUAGGCAACCACAAAGAUAUUGAUGAAUUUUGAACCAAAACUGUGCAUAAAGGAGCUGCUAAUCUAAAUGCCUCCAAGUAGGUACCUCACAUAUUGUAUGUACACAUAAAAGGACUGCAGUGAUCACCACCUCCUUCAGCUGGAGAACUGAUCUACUAAAACUGAAAUCUUGGAUAAAAAUUGUCACCGUGUAAGAAGAUCACUUCCACCAUGCAGUCACAAAGGAGAAAGCACUUAACUCUAUGGAUAAAUGUAUUGCAGUAGCAAUAUUUUACUUUGCACAUAUGUAGGGAUAUGGAGC